AUGUUAGCAGGAUUCGAAUACUACAAAAGAAUUUGUCCAAUUUCUGACAUGAGUGUUAUGUUUGCUAACUCACGCGCAAGCCAAGCAAAUAAUGGUUACUUGGUGGAGUUUAAGGCAGGACGAUCAAAUUUACAACCAGGAUCAACAGUUGAUAGACGAAAAGUGGUAGCCGAAAAAACAAAAGGGCUAAUUUUUAUUAAGCAGUCUAGUGACCAGCUGAUGCAUUUUUGUUGGAAGAAUCGGGAAACUGGAGCAAUUGUUGAUGAUUUAAUUAUUUUUCCUGGAGACACGGAGUUUUUGCGUGUGAAUGAAUGUACUGACGGUCGCGUUUACAUGUUAAAAUUUAAAAGUACGGAUGAACGACGCUUGUUCUGGAUGCAGGAUGGCAAAGCUGAUAAAGAUGAAGAGAAUUGCAAAAAGGUCUGUUCUAGAUUACAACGUAGGCAAUUUUUCUGCAUGGCAUUGAUUUAUAAAUCGUACCAAUAUUCAAGAAAUUUUCGUUGUGUCACAUCAAUUGAAUCUAUCUUCUCUUCCUCAAAAAAUAUUGAGCCGAAGCUCUACUUAUGUGUUCUUAUGAAAUUAUUGCUAUCGCUAUGA